AGAAGUUUAAGUUUUGGCGGAGAAAGGGCCGCCUUCAUCCAUAGCCGCACGCGACUCAGCCGGCAUCGCUAGCAAAGCCGGCUGAAAGACCAGCAUGCGCAAGGGCGUUUCUGGCACUUGUGAACAUGGGGUAGAGCCUCUCUUAGGGACAUGACCUGAUGCGCAAGUCGCAAUUCCUCAACCCGCAGGUUGAAGAAUCGAUGCCUUCCGCACGCAGGCAGACUACGACACCUGUCACCUAGUCAUCUUAACCAAGCUCAACUGAGAUAUUUGCCCACCAUGGCCGACGAGUUUACUCGCAUCAUCGGGGAGAUGAUGCUAACUCCCCCGAACCCGAAUGCGCCCUUACCGCUGGCAAACAAGAAAGGCACGAUGUUUGGCGUCUCAAUACCGUUCCACAUUUUAUGCUGGAUUGUCGUAGGCUUCCGUCUUCAUACUCGUCUGCGAGUCGUUCGUGAACCCGGUCUCGAUGACCUCUUUGUAGUCCUAGCGGCUGUGUUCAACUUGAUAUCCAUCAUAGCCUUCCUCCACGGCACCAAAUAUGGCAUGGGUCACCAUCUCAUCUACAGUUUACAAGUGUUGCAACCCACCAUGAUCUGGCUUUACAUCACUAAUGCUGCAUAUCACACGACCACUGCCUUCAUCAAGAUAUCCCUGCUCUUACAGUACCUGCGACUUUUCCAACAGGGCGUCCGCCGCAUCAUUUGUAUCGUGCUUCUCACGUUGGUGAUAAUAUGGGGCCUGACUUUCUCAUUCAUGGCUUGGAUACCUUGCUUUCCAGUAAGGAACUUUUGGGAUCGACAACCUGGCUCUAAAUGUUACGGCUUCGGGUAUCGCUCUAUCAAUGAGGCGAAAUUCACGAUACUCGCGUUUGCUGCGACGAACAUGGCGUUCGACAUUGCAAUAUUCCUCGUCCCGAUCACGGAAUACUUUAGGAAAGAUCUUAGACGGAAGCAGGUGCUUGCCAUGACUGGAUUGUUCGCUCUCGGUUCGAUUGUCGUACUCAUGGCUAUCCUCCGCCUUUGGAGCACCUUUAAAAACAGCCAGAGCAUGACGCAAAGUUUCGAUUUUACAUGGUGGUACCCCGAAGUCCUCAUCAUCUCCUGCCUCGAAAUCGACUUCGCCAUCAUGUGUGCGUCCAUGCCCAUAUUCUGGCCCACCGUCAUGGCUUCCUGGACCCAAAUCUUCGUCACGAACGAGGUCCGCGUCACGCACCACGAACGUCUCGACGAUAGCCGCGAUAACUUCGAAUUGGUCAGAAAUACAUCGUUGAAGAGUACGGGAAGUGCGGAGGAAUUGGCAAGGGUUACGAGCGAAGAACAGGACGCGGUGUAUAGCGGAUUCGAUCCAGAGACGGGCAAGGAUGGCAGAUUUGCUGCUAUGCGGGUAGAGGUACAACCGCAGGCACAGAGGACGCGGAGACUAUGAACAGCAUGUUUCCAAGAAAUACAGCUCAUGGCCUUGACUUUGACCUUUGUGUCCAUACGUGUGGUGGCAAUUCGGUACUACCUCUGUCCGACAUGCUCGACUUCUCUGGCAUUGAGGAUGCCGGGUGUGGCUCGUAGCUGCAUGGGCCCCU